GCUCGCUUUGAGCAUGAAACUUGACAGGUGAGAAGGUGACCAUGGACACGAUCACGUUCAGCCACGACACGGUGCUGUCAGAGGUUCAUCUGCUCCUGCCCAAAGCCCACAGCUUCAUGACUCGCCUCAACCACGUGGGACAGCCUGUCUUCCUGUCCAAAUUCAGGAUCAUGUCAGAUGGUGCGAGACCUGACAACAGCGACCCAAAGAAAGCUGUGGGGGACAUGGACGGUGAUGAUGAUGAUCCAAGUGGGGACAAAGGCAAAGACGCAGACGAGGGAGGAAGUGAAGGAGUCAAAGGCAGGGAGGGGAAUGUUGGAUGCUUGGACAAGGAUGGAGAUUUUGACCUCAGGCGUCGACCGAGAAGAAACUCCACAGACGUCAGAGAACGAGAAGUGGUCUGCCCCCUCAUCCUCAGCCAGUCCACGUCUCUCACAGAAGAGAACAGAGACCAUGAAGACAAGUGCUUCAAAGACAUGAUAUGGAUUGAGCACACUAUGGCCACGCCUCUGGAGGACGUUGGUAAACAGGUGUGGAGAGGAGCACUGUUUUUAGCUGACUUCAUCCUGUCUCAGCCACUCACGUUCAGAGACACAACAGUCAUAGAACUGGGAGCCGGAACGGGCUUAGCCAGCAUCGCCAUGGCAACCACAGCCAAAACUGUGUAUUGCACAGAUGUUGGGGAGGAUCUUCUAAGCAUGUGCAAGAGAAAUGUGACAUUAAAUCGACAUCUGCUGGAUCCAUCAGGUGGUGAGGUGAGAGUGAGACAGCUAGAUUGGCUCCACUUUGACCUUCCUACAGAUGGUGACGUGGAUUUCAGCUGGACGGAGGAGGAAGUUGCAGAUGUUUACAACAACACAAGCUUCAUGAUGGCAGCUGAUGUUUUCUACGAUGAUGUUCUGACCGAUGGGUUUUUCAGAACCGUUUACCAGCUCUGCAGUAACUUUCUGCACUCCUGCACCAUCUACCUCACUGUGGAGAAAAGGAUGAACUUCACACUGAGACAUUUAGACAUUUCCUGUGACGCCUACGACUGUUUCCACGGUCGUCUUAACCAACUCAAAGGGCUGGCGGAUGGGCGGUGCACCUUCAGUGUGGAACAGGUCUCUUCAGACUUCCCGCAGUCUCUGUUGUAUGAACGCGUUGAACAGCUGGUGAGAAAAACACACACAUUUGUUUCUCUUAAUGGGAAUAACAUCUUAGUCAUUAUCUCUGUCCUAUUGUUGUCAAACUCAUUUUCAUGAGGACCAUACAGACAUUU